AUGUCGAGUGCAGCUAAUGUUAGCAGCACAAGUCUUGCAAACAAUCCAGAUGAAUACCAAUUCGAUGCAUUUGAGGAUGGUUCGUCAAAGCUUGUAGGUGAACAACAAUUGACAAAGUUGAAUCAGUUCGCAGUUGAUUAUGCUCAGCAGAUAUGGCAUAUUGAGGAGGCGUUGGAUGAAUCGCUUAGCGAUACAACCGACUUUAACAUCGAUCCAGUGUCUUUGUAUAUCAGACCCUACGAGCAACAGGAUAUCAUCGAGUUGAUCAAAACCGAGCACAAGAUAUUCAACAAGGUGAUGUUGGUGUUCUCAUCACUCACCAAUCAGGUGAGGAUAUUGAAGGAGACGGCUGAACUGCGCUUCUUCCAGCCACUUAUUGUCUUUGGUGAGAUCACCGGUGAGGCCAGCGAGGGUGAUGUGCAAGUGGAAGUCGGUCGUCUGCUUCCCUUCAUGAUCGACCUCUCAGCCUUUGUCAACCGUUGUUAUGCCAUCACUCGUAACAUUGUCAGUCAGCUCGCAAGCUGCUACCAAGCCCAGGCCAACGCCUUCUCCAAGUUCUUCAAGAACAUUCAUCUCCAGUCAGUGUUCUACGCAUUGUCAGACUUGUUCUCUGUUCUGAUCACAUUGGAUCAGAUCGUUGUGCAGAACCAGGCAUUGGCAUCAUCGUGGGGUAGAUUCCAACGCAUGGUAAAGUCUGUGCGUGCAGAGCCAGGCAAGUAUGGCGUGGCCGAGGAGGACCGCCUAUGGCAGCUGGAGAAGCUGUUGCUCAGUCUUAAGGGCCAGCUGCUCGAGGGCUACAUCUACCAGGCGUGCAUCACGCAGGAGUUUGACUUCCCAGGCGUCGUCGACGUCAAGAACAACAAGGUGCUCAAGGCUGAGUUUGGCCUGAACGUCAAGUCGCUGUUCUCGCUUCUGCAGGCCAAGAUCAUGGACCCCUCCGAGCUGUACCUGCGCGAGCGCUUCCCCGGCAUGCUGGGUCUGUACACCUUCUUCAUCUCGCUGUUCAAGGACAUCACCGACAAGUCCUUCUUCAAGCAGGUGUGGGAGCUGACCAAGCGUGUACCCAUGGUGUCGAUCUACACCAACGUCAUCUGGUAUCCCGCCGACUUUAUCGUCGCCCUGAUGCCCGGCAUGAUCAAGUCGGUCGUGGGCAACCCCGACAUCCAAUCGGUGCGUCGCGACUACCUCAAGAUCGUCGACAAGGAGUUCGCCCCACGCGUCAAGUCCUACUAUCUGCAGGUGAGCCGUUGGAUGGUGCGCAUGGAGUCUGGCCGCCUCAACAACCGCGGCACCUUCUGGGACGCCAACUACUCACGUAUCGGCCAGAUCAUCCAGGGUAUCUUGCUGUCGUACCACAUCAGCCAUCUGUUCAAGACAAUGAUCGGUCUGCACAUGAGUUUGACGGCGCCACUCAAGCCAUCAGACGUGCGCCGUCUCUUCCAGUGCGCCGAGCUGCUCAAGUCGAUCCAGGGCACAUUCCAUCGUCGCUCAGCCAUGAUCUCUGCGCACAUCUCGCUGAUGACCCAGCAGCUGACUCAGAUCAUCACCAACAAGCUCGACGUCAUCCGCGCCAAGUACACUGGCAAGGCAACCUACACAGACACUGAGCUCGACGUGAUCAUGGCACUCACACUCACCACCGACCUGUUGUCGGGCGUGGCCACACCGGAGCGUCUCACAAUCGUCAAGCUCUGCCUCAACGUGAUCUACCAGAUCAACGUGCUGAAGGACCCCGACAUUGAGGAGCUGCGUCUGCACAUCAAGCGUCUCGAGUUCAUCUCGGACAUCCACGCAUCCAUCCGCCGCGUGUGCGACUGCUCGCUGCUGUUCUGGGCACGCGACCUCUUCCCAACUUACCUGACCUACAUCUACGACAACCCAUCGCAGGCCAACAGUCUGCAGUACACCCUCACUGGUAUGAAGGACGUCGUGUCGAUCCUGGAGAAGGCGAUCCACGUCGAGCACCCCUCGUCGCUCAUCGACGUGUACCGCAAUGAGCUUGAGGAAAUGGUCGAGAAGAGCAUCAUCAACCCACUGGGCAAGGACAUCGAGACGGACCUGCGUCUACGCAUCCACGCCUUCCUCAACGUCGAGGAGAAGGACCCAUUCAAGAGUGGCAUCCGCGAGUUUGGCAAGUUCCUCGAGCUCAAGCCACUGCGCUUCUUUGACAAGACCAUCGACAUCAAGUCGCGCAUUGAGCACUACCUCGACUCGACCUUCUACAACCUCAACACGGUGUCGCUAUUUGACUGGAAGACCUACUCCGAGAUGAGGAACAUGGCCUUCUACAAGUACGGACUAAACCUGCUGGAGGUGCACUUGCCCGGAGCCACACUCGAGCAGGGUCUCGACGUGCUGGAGAUCAUGAGGAACAUCCACAUCUUUGUCGCUCGCUACAACUACAACCUCAACAACCAGAUCUUCAUCCAGCGUUCAUCCAACAGCAAGACGCUCAACACGAUCAACAUCACACACAUUGCCAACUCGAUCAGGACGCACGGCGCCGGUAUCAUGAACACCACCGUCAACUUUGCCUUCCAGUACCUCAAGCAAAAGUUUGGCAUCUUCUCCGAGUUCCUCUUUGACGAUCACAUCAAGUCACGUCUCUACAAGAACAUCAAGUACUUCCGCGAGAACAAGGCCCAGCUGGACUCGAUGUACCCCUACGAGCUGGCCAUCGAGUUUGAGAAGGACCUACGUCAGCUCGGUCUGACCGAGGCGGGCCAGAGCUUCCUCGAUCAGUUCCGUGUGUUGGUCACCAACAUUGGUAAUGCCAUGGGCUACAUCCGUCUGGUGCGCUCGGGUGGUCUGCUGUACACCAGUAACGCCAUCAAGUUUGUGCCCGACCUGAAGAAAAUCCCCAACUUUGAGGAGCUGGUCAACAAGCACCAGCUGUCGGGCGAGACCCAGAACGCCUCCAAGAACCUGGACAACGUCAUUGAGAACCUUUCGGCCAACGUGUCCGAGGGCACAGAGUACUUCAAGAUGCUGGUCACCGUGUUUGCCACCGAGUUCCGCAGUCUCAACAACCAACAUCUGCGCAACUUCUACGCGAUCGUACCACCCCUCACCAUCAACUUUGUCGAGCACAUCAUCAACGCCAAGGACAAGCUGUUCAAGAAGUCCAAGGCCAUCGGAGCCGAGAGUCUGCAGUUCACUGACGAUGGUUUUGCCAUUGGUCUGGCCUACAUUCUCAAGCUGCUCGAUCAGAACAAGGAGUUUGACUCGUUGCAUUGGUUCGAGCGUGUCACCAAGAAGCACCAGGAGGACCAAGAGCGCAUCCUCAAGGAGGGCAACAUCCGUGGACUCAAAGAGGAUCAGAACCAGCUGGCCAUCAAGAAGGUGAAGAACAUGCAGCAAGAGUUUGAACUCUUUAGGUAUUCAUUCAGUGGAGCACGUAUAUUCUUCAAGGAUUAA